AUGGUAAAACUUCGUUUGAAACGAUGUGGUAGAAAGCAACGAGCCGUUUAUCGAAUCGUUGCAAUUGAUGUUCGAUCCCGAAGAGAGGGAAGAGAUCUUCGAAAAGUGGGUUUUUAUGAUCCGAUAAAUAAUCAAACCUAUUUAAAUGUUCCCGCUAUUCUCUAUUUCCUUGAAAAAGGAGCUCAACCCACAGGAACUGUUCAUGAUAUUUUAAAGAAGGCGGGGGUUUUUACGGAACUUAGUCUUAAUCAAACAAAAUUCAAUUAA